AUGCGAAUUCCAAAAGAUUUCGCCAAUCCUUUGGCGGGCCCACCUCCCGUUUCCACUUAUCGACGACGACCUUGUGAGGCCGAGUAUUUUGGCCCGCCGCUUUGUUUAUGUGUUCCUCCUCGGCCCCAUCCCCACUUCUUCAUCGCAUCAGUUGCUUACCAACCACCAUCUCUUGAAAUACCCUUCAACCUCAAUACACAUCAACCUUACCUACCUGUCAAACAUGAGCCGUCGUCUUCGCUCUGCAUUGCCGAGCCAGUCGCACCUUUCACUCAGGCCAACGACACCGGCAAUCAAGAAGAUGGGCAAACCCAAGUUAAGUAUGGGCCGCCUAAGAAGAAGACGGCUAUCAAUGCCCCUGCCAACGAUGCCGCCACCCAAGAAGUGGGGAAAACCCAAGUGAAGUCUGGGCCUCCCAAGAAGAAGACUGUUGCUGCCAUAGAGGGACAACGGUGCCCUUCAAAUGCUCAGGUCUUCGAUGGUGUGCACAUCCAAGCUAGGGUGCAGCUUUCUAGGAAUGUUGCCACUGAAGUGGCUGUUCGACCUGCCAACGACCCAGCUUCUGAGGCUGCAGGCCAUCCAGAUGCUGUUCGCUCCGGCGUUGUUGGGCCAGGGCAUGUUCCACACAAGUCCAAACCUGCUCCUGUGCUCAGAACGUAUGGCCGUAAAGCCUCGUCUGCUCAACCUACGGCCCCUGCUGCCAUCGCCAUGAAUGCGGACAACAGCGACCACACACUAUCGGACUUAACCCCGACGCGUUCGGACGAGGACGACAUCAUGCUGCCUGACCAGCCAGAAGGGGCCAAUAGUUAUUCAAGCUUCGACGUCAACAAUCUACCUUCAACCGGAAGGGAACUCACCAGCAUCCGUGAUGAAGACUUUCAUCCAAGGUCAUUGACAAUCCACGACCUCGACUACGACGAGGUCCAGGAAAUGCGAGAGGCAUGCGAGUCCAAACACACAGCAUAUUGCUUCAGCUACGCCGACAAGACCACCCAGUACUACCAUGGCCGCGAGAUAACAGAAGGCUGCCAGACUGCAGCCGACUGGUUCACUAAAUAUUUGGACGACAACACCAAGCAGUGGCUCCCAAUCCCGCAGGGAUUUACAGCCCCUCACUUGCCUGAGAUCUACGUGGACGCCCUCAACAUUUUGAGGGAAGAAGACGAACUGCACGUCAACUCGUACGUCAUCGAGGCGGCAAUGGCACUCGACAAGACUCGCAACUCUGGAGAGGACCCUUUCGAGAUCCUCUCCCUGGAGGACGACCUUACAUGGGACGAUAAGAACAGCAUGGUCUUUGCCCCAACGCGGGGAGCAGGAUGCCGCGGAUCGAUUGAUCCAGGUCUUUUUGGAGGAUUUGGAGGAAGGAUGAAGAUGCCGAAAUGGAGGAGGACACCUGUAAAUUCGGCUGCAGAAUUCCUUGCCGAGCUGGGUAUGACGUUGCCAGCGGAGAAUGCGGUUCUCAAGGCCUUGUCGACGAAAAAGGUCACCAAUUUCGAGCAAUCGUGCUACUCGUUGUUUGGCGAGUAUGUCUGCCGGAUGGCGGCCGAGUUGGGCACACAAUUUGGACAGCGCUCGGACUUUGUCUUGGAGCAUGCUGACCUUCUUUUGAAGGAGAAACGAGGGCCCAACAGGGCAAACAAGUUCCGAUCCUAUAUCAGCCGGACUCGCAAGGAUGACAUGCAGGGCACAUUCUGGGCAGUGACCAAGGAAGAAAAGGCCAAGUUCAUGGACAAGUGUUAUACUGACUACAUGCAGGGCACUACCACCAGCGAGGAAAGGGAAGAACGCAUGCAAGAGGUUUAUGAGCACCUUCAAGACGAAAUCGUGGACGGCGGAUCGUCGAUCGUAGCACCGGAGGUUCGCUUUGAACGCUGGCGCGCGAUGAUCGAGUGUUUGCUAAACAUCAUUCGGCGCACUGACCCCGAGUUCGAUAUUGCGGGCUUUAUCAUCUAUUCAGGAGACAAGCCAUCCGUGCAUCAAAAGGACGGCCUUUUCGUCAACUCAUCGUUUUUGAAGGAUCUCUUCGACCGCGAAAAUUAUCCAAUUAGGAAGUGGACUGAUGUCUUUGCCACUACUGUUCGAGCUGCACGAUAUCAACAGGAAUUAAGGCAAGAUUUACAGAUUGACGACAACCGUGAAAGAAGCAAAGAGGUACCUGUUCCAGGCAAGAGCGGCAGAAAGACUUCGGCCACAAGUUCGCCUUCCGAAAGACGAGGCCGUUCCGCACCCGAAGAGUACAAGAACCAUGAUGCCGUUGACAACAUUCGUGAACUACGUGGAGACGGAGAAAGUUGCACUCACUGGGUGGCCUUCGAACGAGGUCGACACUCCCUUGGGCCCAAAUUUUAUAUCAAACAGGCUAUCUCAGAAACAAUGGGCAUUGCUCGCCAAUUUGUUGGACUCAGGGAAGAUGAAGAUCACUCCUUGGGAUCAAAUGCCCAGUAUGGCGAAAUCCCCCUUGUCUCCAGUUUCAAUGGCAAGGCAAUGGUUUUUGUGAAGGACUCGCAACAGUGGAUCAACCAAUUCUGCAAGAUUCAAGGGGAUGGGAGGAGAACAGUGGGGAAAAGGCCACAUGUUGAGGAAGAGGGAGAAGAAGAUACUCAUGAUCUUCAAGUUCCAUCGUCCCACCCAUCUUCCCCGCCUUUGAAAAAGAGAAAGGUCAGCUUUGUCACUCUUCCCAAGGCCAGUUUCUACAACAACCAUCGCGGCGCUCCGAAAUCCUACAAGGUCGAUCCUUGUUUCGUUAACUCCACAUCCAGGUCUUCAACCUUGAAACCAACUGCUCAAGUCACUAAGGAUACUGAAGCAUUUUUCCACGCCAUUAAGGGUUCUUCCACCUCCUCAUCUGCAAAGCCAACUUAG